AUGUCAGCUAUGGACGUUGGGUGUGCCUCGGCUCGGGUACUUAGCUACAACUUCAACAUCCUUCCUCGAGGGAGCGGCGGGUAUCAGCAUGAGCGGAUCGAAACCUUUCUUGCUAGCGUCGACGCGUACGAUGUGGUGCUCCUGCAGGAGGUAUAUGCGACGAGCUACUUUCCUUACUUAAUGCAGAAGCAGCUAUGCUAUCAGAAGAUGCUUCUGGAUGGACUCGAGGCAAAGGGGUUUCACCACUACGUGAUUUCGCGACAGCCAUCCUACCUGACCAUGCUGCGGUAUAACGUCUGCUCUGACAACGGCCUCAUCAUCGCCUCGCGGUUUCCAGUGUGGCACCGCGGCUCCUAUACAUUUCGAAACCGCGAGCGCGGAGAGGCAACGGUCAGUAAAGGGUGUCUGUUUGCCGAAGUCGAGGUCCCCGCUACGCAGGGUAAGGGCAGCCAGCGUAUUGUCUUCUUCAAUGUGCAUCUGCGCCCAGAGGACAACCUACCGUCUGAAUCGUCGCAGAUGCAGCAGGUACAUCGCUUUGUGGUGGCGGCCCUUGCCCAGGUGCGGGAGCAGCACACGGAGGGCGAUGGACCGGCGGCGCUGCGGCAGAGGGGGGCCGAGGUGCCGUUCAUCAUCGCCGGUGACUUCAACAUCCACGGCAUCGACCCGUUGAACGGGCAUCCUUCAAAGAGGUUCCAGGAGAUGCUGAACCAGUUUCAGGACAUUGGGUCUGUGCGGGAUGUCAUUUACGAUGAGACAGGACAGAACCCACCGACUCGCCCGCCCAUUCUGUUCUUUCCAGAGUUGUCGAAGCUGGAGCGCUACGAAUCGACGCCACAGCGACAGGACUACUUCCUGGCGACGACAUGCAUUCAGGUGGAGAUGCCGCGCCUGGAGAAGUACGUGGUGAGCAGCCGCCGCCCGUACACGUACUUGUCGGACCACUUUGGUAUUACGUGCCGUGUGACGCUGGCGCUGAACCCGAGCGUCAGCUUCCAAGGGCGCUCGCUCGUGCGUCUCAACUUUUCCUCUCUCGUCGAGGCAGCCAACCACGAGCACUCAAAUCCGUCGUCGGAUGCGCGGCUUGAGGCGGUUCUCAUCGCUGCGUUUGUGUGGUGGCUCUUCUCCUUCAGUUUCAUGUCGCUGGUGCUGUGCGCUGCACUCGCUUGGUUCGUACGCUGGGCUCAGAACUACAGCGCCUCACCGGUGCUGAGUGAGCCGCCUCUUCUGACGAUGGAGGCGCUCAAAGAGAAGGGGGAAAUGUGCUUCGUUAACAAGACGCUCAACCCUCUCGCGGGCGUGCGGACACUCGGGGAAAUGUGGGAGCGCAGUGUGACUCGCUUCCGAACGUUCAAGUGCCUCGGCACCACCAGCGAGCUCGGGGAGCCGGAGUGGAUGACGUAUGGCACGGUAGACAUCCGUGCGCGGGAGCUCGGUGCUGGCCUCUUGGAAAUGGGCUUUCGCGCUGGCGAUCUGAUCGGCGUGGCGUGCGAGCCAUGCCGGAACAUCAUUAUUCUCGAAGUGGCGUGCGCCUUGUACGGCUUCACUACGGUGCCGUUGGCAGGUAAGCGCAGUACAAUGAGUGCUCUGCUGGACCGCCACAAGAUUCGUGUCGCCGUCGCGGACCGCAGCUCCGUGGCGAUGCUUCUCACGUGCCGCUCCACCAAACUCGAGGCCAUCAUGUACACCAGUGCCUUCGCCGAUGAGGACGAUCAUGCAACGGCGAAGGAUCUGAACAUCCGGCUCAUCCCGUUUGAGUUCGUUGAGCAGAAGGGGCGACUGUGCCCGGUCGCACCACCGAAGGAGCACGUGACGACGGACUCCGUGUUCACGUAUACAAUGGACAACACGAACAGUUUGGCGAGUGAUGACGGGAGUGCGCUGCUGCCGGUGCGUCACUCCAGUGUCCUGUACGAUCUGAGCUUGCUGCUGAUGACGGGCGUGCUUCCCUCGUCGUUCAAGGGAGAGUCAAUGGUGUGGUUCAGUCCGAUGGCGCUGCUCUUUCAUCGCGUGUGCGUACUUGGGAUGCUGAGCCAGGGCAACGCCAUUGCUACCGUGGACGCGGCUCACCUGCAGGAGGCCUUCGUGAAGUUUCAACCUACUCUCUUGGUCACCUCCCCGACUCUCUUCAGCACGAGCCGCUUGCAGCUCAGCCGCGCGCAGCGCCGGCACAGCGCUGUGUACAACUGGCUCUUCAACCGUACCUUUCAGCUGCGCUCGCGUCUCAUCCACAUUAAGCGGCAGGACAGCUCCCUUCUCCGCUUCAUCUUUUUCCGCGCCUUCCAGGAGCAGCUAGGCGGGCGCGUGCGCAAGAUAAUUUUGAGUGUCUCGCAGGAGAGCACCGCGUUCAGUCUACUGGAGCACGUCAGUGUGUGCUACGUGCCGCUGGUAUGUGAGGUGAGCUACCUAAACUGCUUCGGCGUGUGCGCGAUCGACGGCACGCCAGUGCCCUCGUUGCAGGUUGACUUGGAGCCGAUCAGCGACCUCUCGGACAGCGCCGGUAUCGGUCAACUGGCCAUCACCAAGAAAGGCGAGCCGCGCAGGCGCCUCAAGAUCGCGGCGCAGUGGAAGCGCGAUGGUACGGCUAAGUUUCUUGGGGAACCGCUGGGCAUCCUCUGGCCAGUUGCCUAUCAGUAUGCGAUUGCGGCAGAGCUGGAGCGCAUUUUUUCCGUCUCACGGUACAUCAACGCCAUCUUUGUCUACUGUGACCCGCUGAAGCCGAUCAUCGCUGUUGUGUACCCGAACCGCGACACGAUCGAGUUUGAGUGGCGCCAGUCCCACUGCUGCGACGGCCCCGUACGGCAGCUCGGCUGGACAGAGUUGGUUGCGUAUGCCACGUCAAUAAUCACGGCCGACCUUGCUAGCAUCGCUGGAGAGGAGCAGCUGCACCCAUCACAGGUUCCCGAGUUUGUGCACCUUCAUCCGCACGCGUUCAGUGACCACAGCACCUUUCUCACCCCUUUUGGCAAGAUUCGUCGCGACGCCGUUCACAAGUACUUCGGCUCUGUGUUUGAAAAGCUAUACAGCGGUGUCGCCACCUCGCCGAUUGCCGCGCUCGGCGCGGACUUGCAAGAGGAUGUGAGUGACAUUGAGAGCAGUGGCACGAAGCUAGGCUCGAUUUUCGAUUUUGAUCUGCGAGUGCCCGUCACCAUCGACAUUGGGGGCACAUUUGCGAAGAUUGCGUUUAUCAUGCCGCCCACGAAAGGCGGGUUUCCGGCGUUUCCAUCCAUCAUUCACGAGGCGUCGUCGCUGUCAGAGAAGUUGGGGCUGCGCACCUUUCAUUUUUUUUCGGAUGAGGAAGCAGCCGAGAGCGAGUUGCAUACACGCACCCACUCGCGCGUCGGCACGCUCCGUUUCUUAAAGAUCCCUUCCCAGCAGGUCCCGCAGUUUGCUGAUUACCUCGCCGGUUCCCACGCCAUCAACAACUUCAAGCCGCAAUACACCACUAAGGUGCGUGCUACCGGCGGCGGCGCGUUCAAGUAUGCUUCGGUGGCGCGAAGCGUUCUGGGCAUUGAGUUCGAUGUGGUGAAGGAGAUGGACGCCGUGGUGAAGGGUCUCAACCUGGUUCUCCGCGUCGCACCCGAGUCCGUCUUCACGGUGGAUCCGAGCACCGGCGUCCACCACCCACAUCAGCUUGUGAGCAACGGGGAUGGCUUCUCGCCGUUUCCGUAUCUGCUCAUCAACAUAGGGUCUGGUAUCUCCUUUAUCAAGUGUACCGGCGCCGACGGCUCGCAUGUGCGUGUGGGCGGCUCACCCAUUGGUGGUGCUACGUUCUGGGGCCUCAUUCGCACGAUGACAAAUCUCACGUCGUGGGAGGAGGUGAUGGAGAUUAUGCGGCUGGACGGUCCGGGCGACAACAAGAACAUCGACUUGCUUGUCGGCGACAUAUACGGCUACAACGCGAAGGACUUGCCCGCCAUGCUGUCUAGUGAGACGGUGGCGAGCACCUUCGGGAAGCUGGGGACGGAGCGGUUUUAUGACAUGAAGCGUAGCGUCUGCACCGCCCACUUUGCAGACGACGACGCAGCAGGCGAAAUUCUGUCGCCGAAAGCGUUGAAGACGCCAUCUGUGAUCUCCGAGCUACCUGUCCGCAACGGAACCAAGGUGGCAUCGGCCAUCGACAUUGUGCGGUCUCUCUUGAACAUGAUUUCAAGUAACGUCACGCAGUUGGCUUACCUGCAUGCACGUCUGCACGGGGUACCGAACAUCUUCUUCGCGGGCGGCUUUGUGCGCGACAAUGCGAUGAUCUGGAGUUUGAUAAGCACCACGAUGAAGUACUGGUCCUCCGGUGAGUGCCAUGCUCACUUCCUCGAGCAUGACGGCUACCUCGGAGCACUUGGGUGUGCCAUUCUCGAUCCUCACGGGGAUGCGGCGAAGGAGGAUCAAUAG